AUGGUGAAUGACAGUCAAGGCUCAACAAGAUCAACUCUCAUUGAACAGACAAUCAAAGGAGCUAUUGCAGGCGGAAUUACUGGUGCAGUAGAGAUAUGUAUCACAUACCCGACCGAAUAUGUCAAAACACAACUGCAGCUCGAUGAACGUAUGGGCAGUGCUAGACAGUAUUCAGGCCCCAUCGAUUGUGUAAAGAAAACAGUAAAGUCUUAUGGUGUACGGGGUCUCUAUCGGGGUUUACCUGUACUUCUUUAUGGUUCCGUCCCUAAAUCAGCUGUCAGAUUUGGAGCAUUCGAGGAAUUCAAACGUCAUAAUGUAUCACCUGAUGGAACGCUUACAGCUGGAAGAAAACUUCUGUGUGGUUUAGGUGCUGGUGUAUGCGAGGCUAUACUGGUGGUAACUCCAAUGGAGACGAUUAAAGUAAAAUUUAUCAAUGAUCAGACAUCGAAAAAUCCACACUAUCGAGGGUUUUUCCAUGGCUGUCGUUGUAUCAUUAAAGAACAUGGCAUUACUGGUAUUUAUAAAGGUGUAACCCCGACAAUUCUUAAACAAGGCAGUAAUCAAGCCAUACGUUUCUUUGUCAUGGAAACACUAAAAGAUGGCUAUCGCCAAUAUCGAGGCGAUAAGGUUAGUGGACUACCUGUGCCAAAAUUAUUGACCGGAUUGUUCGGUAUUGUGGCUGGAGCAGCGUCAGUUUACGGAAAUACCCCGUUGGAUGUGAUUAAAACACGAAUGCAAGGUUUAGAUGCACAUAAAUAUAAAAAUACACUUCAUUGCGCUUGGAAAAUAUGGGCUGAAGAAGGCUUCUUUGCUUUCUACAAAGGCGCAGUACCUCGAUUAGGUCGUGUCUGCUUAGAUGUUUGUAUCAGUUUUAUGAUCUACGAUUCAUUUAUGGAAAAUUUUCAUAAAAUAUGGGAUGCAAAGAAAAACUAA